AUGUUUCGUUAUAUAUUGAACUUUUUACGUACAUCAAAACUCCUCAUCUCUGAUGAUUUUAAAGAUUACACUCUCCUGUAUGAAGAAGCAAAGUACUUCCAGCUUCAGCCGAUGCUGCUGGAGUUAGAGCGAUGGAAGCAGGACAGAGAAGCAGGCCGUUUCUCCAGGCCUUGCGAGUGUCUAGUUGUCAGGGUGGCUCCAGAUCUUGGAGAAAGGAUUACACUGAGUGGAGAAAAAUCUCUAAUAGAGGAAGUUUUUCCUGAAAUUGGUGACGUGAUGUGUAAUUCUGUCAAUGCGGGCUGGAACCAUGACUCCACACAUGUUAUUAGAUUUCCACUCAAUGGAUACUGCCACCUCAACUCUGUUCAGGUGCUGGAAAGGUUGCAGCAGCGAGGAUUUGAGAUUGUGGGUUCCUGCGGUGGAGGGGUUGACUCUUCUCAGUUUAGUGAAUAUGUACUGAGACGAGAACUGAAAAGGACAUCACGUGCACCUUCUGUUAUUCGAAUAAAGCAGGAGCCCUUAGACUGA